AUGGCUGAGGAGAGGUACAGGAAGAGGAUCCGGAGUGAAGUCACCUGUUCCAUCUGCCUCAGUUACUUUACUCGUCCGGUGGAACUGGGCUGCAGGCACAACUUCUGCGAAACCUGCAUCUUGAGGUGCUGGGAGGAGUCUGGUAAGAAAACCAGGUGCCCCGAGUGCAGAAAGGCUGUCAAAACAGACUACAAUCGAAACAGGCUUCUCACAAAUAUGGUCGGAAUCAUCAGUGAGUGGGAUCAUUCUGAGGAGAGAGAGGCUCAAAGGAGGCGCUCAGAAUGUCAGAGGCACCAGAAAACCCUGGACCUCUUUUGCCGGGACGACGAAGCCCCCUUCUGUGGGGAGUGUGACACAUCCCAAGGGCACAGCAGCCACAGGGUGGUUCCUGUGGAAGAAGCCGUCCAAGAGUACGAGGUAAGAAUCAUUAAUAGGAAUGGCUAGUAUAUAUGAUGGGAAUUAAAAUCAUAGAAUUGUAGACUUGGAAGAGAUCCUGAGGAUCAUCUAGUCCAACCCCCAGCAAUGCAGGAAGAUGCAGUUGUCCCAUAAGGGGAUCGAACCUGCAACCUUGACAGUAUAAGCACCAUGCUCUAACAAACUGAGCCAUUCAGCAAUCAAGGUUAAAGGCUGUCCGCAAACCACUGUCUCCUCUGAGUGAGCGUUUAUCCCUCUAAUCCUAGGUGUGUGGGAGGCAGUCUGCUGUCAACUGACUCUGCUCAUGCUCAGGAGGCCUCUCAUCUAAUUAUUUUACACAUCGUAAGAUAGAUAUUGGCUUUUAUGGGAAUGAGGCUUGCUUUGCCGUAUAAGACUCCACUGGAUGUGUAUAUUAGGUAUUAUUGUGUAAAAAAAGAUUGAACGAUGUUAAGGUGGUCUUUCUAGGAAAAAUAAAUGCAGCCCAAAUGAGUACAAACUGAAUUUCCCCUUUCAAAAUCUGAUAAUACUAAUAGCAGAGCAAGCAUUGAAAAAAUGGAAAGAAUUAAUACCAGUACAUAAUUUUUUUGGGAUGGAAAGAAAUGUACAAUUGCUUUUAAAAAGGCAAGCAAAUAAUAAAACCUAGAAGGCUGAUGUUUUGGGCUUCUCUGAGAUGCUUGCUGUUAUAAAGGGAAAAAAUACUUUGAUGGCUCAGAUCAAGAGGUGAAGAUUUUCCCCCUUGGUGGUAUUUCAGUGUUAAUCAUUCUAUUUACAUAUACACAAGUACUGCCCAACAACAACAAACAUUAGAGGCAUAAAACCACCCUCCUUUCUCCUGUUGCCAGCCCUAAACUAUGCAAAGAACUCAAGAGUCAUGAGUUUAAACCAAUUGUGUUAAUGUAGGUCUGCCACUGGUGUUUGGUCUUAGGCUUGUAGUGCAAGCAGUGUAUUCCAACAGCUUUAACCAACCCCUACUGGCCCCAAUGCUGCAACAAUCAACCAGUGGCGUAGCGUGGGGGGUGCAGGGGGGGCCGGCCGCACCGGGCGCAACUUCUGGGGGUUAGGGGGCGCAAAUCCACGGGUUAAGGGGCGCAAAUCCACGGGUUAGGGGGCACAAAUUACUUGCCUUGCCCUGGGUGCUGACAACCCACGCUACGCCACUGCAAUCAACUAACCCCCACAACUGCAUCCCCUAAAAAAAUAUAACCCGCAGGGACUAAGACUUUGUAGCAAUCCUAGACUGCAGGGUUGGCAUAAACUCUUCCGCUCCCUGCCUGUUAGAAUAUCAACAAUGCUUUCCAGGACAAACAUGACUUAACACUUUCUCAGCCACAAUACCCACCCUGCUGUACGGUAGCUUUUAUUUGCAUUAGUGGGCAAUUUGUUUGAAUGAUAAUUUAAAAAGAAGGAAAUCCAACCUGUGAUAGAAAGAGGAUGACAUUUUCUGCAGAAGGGGCUUUCUGGGUCUUUUCCCAACAUUUCUCCAUAACACUCAUCAGUUGCAUCUGUCGUAGGCUCAAUACUCUGGAUGGCAGAAGCAGGCUCUGCAGUCUCAGAACCCGGGGAACAAUAACAUAAUUCAACUGUCCUCUCGCUUUCCUCUUUCUCUCUCUGUCUCGAUGACGAUUAUGAUGGUUAUCUCCUAGAAACCUCUCACCAGGACCCCAAAUGGGAACUUUGGUUUUUCUUUUCAGGAUCAGCUCUGCGGGUUCCUGAAGACUCUGAAGGAGGAGGAGGCAAAAAUUCAGGCAAAAAAAACAUCGACAGGAAAGCAAAGUUCAUUCUUGGUUGUAAGUGUCGCUCUUACUGGGAAGUAAGCAAAUAAGAAAAAGAAUUAAUGCUUGGGAGAGAAUUAAAAUAACAUACUGAAGCCAUCAGGCAGGUCUACUCUUUUAGAUGCCUAUUUGUUUGGGGAAGCCUGCUCUGACUGGAAGGAAAAUUUUCCUUUGCUUGAAAACUGACGCAUCAUCUGUGAAAAUACAAAAAUUCAGAAGCACCCAGCCUGUUCCCCUGCAGUAAUCCUCAAACCCUCUUCAUCCUGCACAAGGAGUGGCAAUGUUGCUAACAGCCUGUUUUUCUUUCCACAUGUUUCUUGCAGAAAAAAAUAAUAUCAGGUAGGCAGAAGAUGAAGGGUGAGUUUAAGCAACUACAUUCGUUUCUGGAAGAAUGGGAAAACCAGCUGCUGAAGCAGAUGGAAGAGGUGGAGGAUGAGAUUGUGAGGAAAUCGAAUGAGCAGCUGGGCUGGCUCUCCAGAGAACUUGACUCUCUUCAAAAUAUCAUCCGGGAGCUGGAGGAGAAGCUUCGGCAGCCCCCCAGUGAAUUCCUGCAGGUAGGAGAGUGGCAUAAGCAGCCCAAGCUUUUCUCCAGGUCAAGGCCACGACCAGACCAGUCUCUGCCUCUGUCACUAUUCACAAAUGACGUUGCUUAGUUUUGUGGAGCUGGUAGGGUUCUCUUAUGUUAGGUGCAGGAGCAUCUAAGAGGACAAGGAGUGAAUGUGCACCUUAAUUUGUUACUUAACGAUGAUGGAAUCAGAUGUUUUCUGCUCUUGCCUGAUGAUGGGUCUGCUGCUGGCUCCCAAAUUAGCGAUGUUGCCUUCCUGGCCUGUUUGUGGACUGGGUGGAUCCCUUGGCCUGAUCCCUGCAAUAAACAGAGCCCUAUUUUGUGCCUUUUAAAGUGUGGGACAGUUUGACAUUUCAGGGCUUCUUUUAAGAAGUUUUCCCUUCUGUGGUUAUAUUACCCGAGUUGGGCUGAAAAUAGGUGGACCCUUGGUCUGAUACCUUACUGGUCCUCUUUGGUUCCUGCUCAGGGCUUCAUUUAAGAGGCUGUGCUCUGAUUUUAUGACAUUACCCUGCUUGGACUGAGGCAUGGGGCGUGGGCUUUGAUGUAUGGCCAGUCGUGGAUGCUGAGUUCUCUUCUUUUUCUCUUUCCCCUGCAGGAUAUUAGAAGCACUUUGCAGAGGUAAGCAGAUCCCUCUUCUUUUCCUUUGCGCUUUGUGGUUCUAUGAAGGAUAUGGACUGCAGGAAAAACACCCGUUGUUCCUAAGAGGACAGUAUGGGUCUUUGUGACCUCCAACUUUUAACAAAUCAAUAGGGGCCCACUUUUUCUAAAGUUCCUAUUUUCAUUUCCAAACUUCCUUUUCUCAGUUUCUAUCUCUCGUUUAAUUCUGAUUCUCUUUCCUUUCUUUCUGUUUCCACCUGGUAGUCUCAACCGUCUUCCAAAACAGGGAUGUAUCUAAGAAAGCAACAAACCAUUGUUCACACUUUUAUUCCCUGUACUGCUUAUUUCAAUAUACGUUUCAGCUGUCCUCUUAUUAUUCACCUUGAAGCUGACCAGCCAGUUUCUUGAGAGCUUUGUGAUCCUCUCCCCUCUCGUCCUAUUGGUUCCUUUGGGAAUUUGAGGUUGGGUGGAGAGCCAGCUGGCAUAUUUAAACCUUUUAUUUCUCCACAGGCAUGAGGGGAGACAGGCAUUUGAGGCUCCCAAGAUUUUCCCUCUUGAAUUGGUGUGGAAAGUUUGGGACUUCCAUGAUAUAAAUCCAUUUCUGGAAGCUGUCGUAGAGCAGUUCAAAGGUAAUGGCUGCAAGAAUUUCAUGCUAGAUAUUGAAUAGGAGAGCCAGAAAAAUUGAACUUGAGGGUCAGUAGGGAAGGAAUUUAAAUUUCACUGAGGGGGAAAGGAGGUCCUGCAACCACAGCUCAAAAUGCCAUUCGCUAAGACUGCCUCUCUCAGCCUGGUGCCUUCCUUUUGUUUUGGACUCCAACUCCCAUCAGCCCAGCUGAUAAUCGAAGUCCAACAACAUUGUGAAGGCCACAACUUCCUCCUCUCUGGUCUACAACAUCUAAGCAUGAAGGCAACAUGUUUAUUUCGUUGAUAUCUAACCCUUGAGCGUAACAUCACCGAUACUUCGUUUGUUCAAACUUACCUUUGUUGAUAUCUACAGGAGCCUGGCUAAAGGAACUUUAAAGACUGAGUCUUCCUUUUGGACACAAUUUGAAUGAGUUUUCUGUUUGUGGCUUUUGUAGUAGAUCUUGUACCUUGUUCUCUCAAUUUUUGGAUUAUUAAUAUAAGAUUUAGAACGUAGAAUGCUUUGGUAGUGUUUUGUGUGCCGCUUAUGUGCUGCUUACUUCCUACUGGUCUACAGCGAUAAUCAGAGUCCAACAACAUUGUGAAGACCACAACUUCCUCCUCUCUGGUCUACAUCAUCUAAGCAGGAGGGCAACAUGUUUAUUUCUUCAGCAAGUGUCUCACCCACAUGCAGAUUUAUGCAGGGACACUUGAAAAAACUCACACACUUUUGUGGCUGAAGCUUUGUAUGACUUAAGGCCCAACGGGGGGGGGGGGGGAGGGAGUGCAAGAAUAUAGUGAGUAAUAUAAUGAUCAGUUUGGUGGUUUCUAUUUUUUGUAAAUAAUUUUUAUUCAUUUUCCAAUAAAGAGGGGGGAUCCAUAUUAAUAACAAAUCAAGCCACAUCUUACCACAUUCAAAAACAAAACAAAAAAGUACAGCCAAUUAUAGAGUCUGAAUUACUUAAUUUCAAUUGUCCAUGUUCUAGAUUUCAAGACCUAAAUGAUCAGUUUGGUGGUUUCAGUGACACUAUGUCAUAACACAAGUUUAGCCAGGCCUUUGUCUCCAACGCUUUAAGGCAGUAACCUUAAGAGGCAGAUUUUCAAAAGCAGAUAUAAUAAUAAUAAUAUUAAUUAUUAUUAUUAUUAUUAUUAUUAUUAUUAUUAUUAUUAUUAUUAUUUGUACCCCGCCCAUCUGGCUGGGUUUCCCCAGCCACUCUGGGCGGCUUCCAACAAAGAUGUAAGAUACACUAAAAUGUCACAUAUUAAAAACUUCCCUGAACAGGGCUGCCUUCAGAUGUCUUCUGAGUGUCAGGAAGAUGUUUAUCACUUUGACAUCUGAUGGGAGGGCGUUCCACAGGGCGGGCGCCACUACCGAGAAGGCCCUCUGCCUGGUUCCCUGUAACUUGGCCUCUCGCAGUGAGGGAACCGUCAGAAGGCCCUCGGAGCUGGACCUCAGUGUCCGGGCAGAACGAUGUUAUCUUCAAUUUACAAGAAAGGGGAUUAUGACUAUAAUCGGCUGACUCUUUUUCUGUGCUAUAACAUUCAUUAACAGCAGGACAGUGUGAUGCUUAAUCUCUCUUGCUUUCCCUUUCACAGGCACUCUAACAUCAGGACUCUCUCUGCAGAAAGGUAAGCUGAGGAACCUCCACCAAUCAAUCAUAGUUAUCCAUCAGAGGGAGCUGUUGGGGCCAAUGUGCCGAUAGCUGGUGGGGCCACAGUGAACACAACCAGAGUCCAAAGUCGCUCCUUUUCUGAGAUCCCAACUUUUUUAUUGCUCCCCUUCUUCGUCCUUGGCCAGUUGGCUAUUGGGAGAGAGAAUGGUGGCUUCAAAGAGCUUUUGAAAUUGGACAGAGGGCCAAAGCUGGGCUACGCUAGCAGCGAAGCCGCAGGGAGGCCCACAGUCCAGUCAGGAAAGGAACCCCCUUCCUCAAUGAUCCCUGGAGUGGAUCUAAGCUCACAAUGUCUAUCCUCCCAGCUGAUUCCUCUUUUCUUUUCUUUUCUCUUCCUUUGUCUCCUCGCGACGCCAAUAGCAAGUGUAGCUCUGGACCCGGAAACCGCUCAUCCCCACCUGAUCGUGUCUGAGGAUUGUCGAAGCGCGAGGUGGGAAGAGGCACAUCAAGAGCUGCCGGACAAUCCUGAGAGAUUCAGCGGACGUCCCUUCGUGCUGGGGUGUGAGGAGUUUACAGCAGGGAGGCACUGCUGGGAAGUCACCAUAGGAACUGAGGGCAUCUGGGCUGUGGGGGUCGCCCGGAAGUCUGUGAGGAGAAAGGGCUUGGACAGCUUUUACCCUGGUGUAGGCAUCUGGGGAAUGGGGCAGACAGAAUGCAAGGGCAGGUCUACCCGCCGCUCUCUGCCGCGUCCUGCGCCAAAGCUGAGGAGGUUCCGGGCGACUGUUAACUAUGCAGGGCGCCAAAUUCUCUUUUUUGAUGCUGAUACAGGAGAAUUACUCAAGACCUUUGCAAACGCUGAAUUCUCUGGGGAGCCCCUUCUGCCCAUCUUUUGCAUGGGGCCGGAAACUUGCUUUGAACUGCCUCCGGUGACACACUAG